UAAAAACAUAGCUUCUUCAACUGAGCAAACGUUUCUCAGCUCAAUCUUAACUUCUGCUUCUUGAAAACCCAACUUAUAUAAAAAGGAGGAGUCUUUGGGUUUUGCAGUGAAAGGACAUGAGACUGUAAAAGUGGGUCUUAAAGGAAGGAAAAAAUGGAGGGGUUGGUGCUUGUUCAUACACCAUUGAUUCCUAGAAAGAAGCUUCCUUUGUUGGCUUUGGUGGAUGCUCUACCAUCUUGUACCGCUCUUUGUAGAAAACCCAUAACACCCUCAAUAAGAUAUAGAGAGUUAUCACGAUUGGCGGGCAGCAAAGUCCGAGUCCAAGCAUCUAAUGUUAGUAUUGGAUCUGGAGGCUAUGAAAGCGGGGAGGAAAAUAAGAAGCAGAAAAUUGUUUCCAGUGAUGCAAACAACAACAGUUCAUCGGAAGUGUUUGGCAGUGAGAAGCCUCCAAUUCAAAUCCCUUAUCCUCUCUCUGUAGCUCUUGUUCUACUUGGGUGUGGCUUGCUGUUUUCUCUGAUUGCCUUUGUGAGAGGAGGACCUUCAACAAUUUUAGCAGCAAUUGCAAAAUCAGGCUUCACAGCUGCAUUCUCUUUAAUAUUUGUUUCAGAAAUUGGCGACAAGACAUUCUUCAUUGCUGCACUCUUGGCCAUGCAAUAUGAGAAAGGACUGGUUCUGUUGGGGUCAAUGGGUGCUCUUGCACUUAUGACAAUUCUGUCUGUCAUUAUUGGGCGUAUAUUUCAUUCGGUGCCUGCUCAGUUCCAGACAACCUUGCCAAUUGGAGAAUAUGCUGCUGUAACUCUUUUACUAUUCUUUGGUCUCAAAUCAAUAAAAGAUGCAUGGGACCUUCCAUCAAAUGUUGUUGAGAGUGGUGAUAAAAGCAGCCCUGAGCUUGAUGAAUAUGCUGAAGCAGAGGAGCUUGUAAAACAGCAGGCAUCAAAGCGGCUCACUAAUCCACUUGCAAUUAUUUGGAAAUCAUUCAGCCUUGUAUUUGUUGCUGAAUGGGGAGAUCGCUCAAUGCUUGCGACAAUCGCUCUGGGUGCUGCACAGUCUCCAUGGGGUGUGGCGGGUGGAGCAAUUGCUGGACAUGCACUUGCUACUUUCAUUGCCGUUCUAGGAGGUGCAUUUCUUGCCAAAUACAUUUCUGAGAAACUGGUUGGCUACAUUGGUGGUGCUCUGUUUCUAGUUUUUGCAGUAGCUACAUUUUUUGGAGUUUUCUGAAAAUCUUGUUAACCCAUGAGCGGAGACGGCAGAGUAAUAGUUAUUGGAGAGGUAGACAAGGGAUAGAUACGUACAAGUGGAGCAUUGUUUGUAGGAGACUUGUUCAUAUUCAACAAAUUUUUAAGUAUAAAAGUGGCUGAGUUCAGUCAUCAGUUUGAUCCC